AUUUUGGCAGUCGAAGUUUGCGGUAAAGAUUCGCAGUAUUGAAAUGCUGCCGACGGCGAAAUUUCAUUAAAAAAACAGUUUCUAGCGAGAACUUUAAACGCAUACACGUAAUCGCAUUUAGUGUUGUCUGUUUCUAGGAAACUUCGUAAUUUUUCGUUUCUUUCCGUUUAAUUAUAACGUAGAAUAUUGGAACGACAACUGUAACCGGCUGUGAAAAAGUUUUCAAUCAUGGCUAGUGUCUCUUAUCAAAUCGCAAACUUGCUGGAGAAGAUGACCUCCAGCGACAAAGAUUUUAGAUUUAUGGCAACCAAUGAUCUAAUGAGUGAGUUACAAAAGGAUAGCAUCAAACUGGAUGACGAUUCUGAGCGUAAAGUUGUAAAGAUGCUUUUAAAACUAUUGGAAGACAAAAAUGGAGAAGUACAAAAUCUUGCUGUAAAAUGUUUGGGGCCCUUAGUCAAUAAGGUAAAGGAGUACCAAGUGGAAACUAUCGUAGAUGCGCUGUGCAGUAACAUGGUAUCAGACAAGGAACAGUUGAGAGAUAUUUCCAGUAUCGGUUUGAAAACUGUAAUCUCUGAACUUCCUUUGGGAUCCAGUGCCCUUGUCGCGAAUGUUUGUAAACGAAUAACUGGUCGACUCAGUAGCGCUAUUGAAAAACAGGAAGAUGUGUCCGUGCAACUCGAAGCUCUCGACAUUGUAGCUGACUUAUUGUCUCGAUUUGGUGCUUUACUAGUCGCCUUUCACUCCAUCAUUUUGGCUGCGCUAUUACCACAACUUUCGUCUCCACGUCAAGCAGUUCGAAAGCGUACUAUAGUGGCUCUGAGUCACCUUCUGACUUCAAGUAACAAUUACUUGUACAAUAAACUUCUAGAUCAUUUACUUGAAGGUCUUACCACGCAAACUGCAAAAAAUGUGAUACGCACUUAUAUACAGUGCAUCGCUUCUAUUUGUCGUCAAGCAGGGCACAGAUUCGGAGAACAAAUCGAGAGGGUCAUGCCGCUAAUUGUACAGUAUAGCAACGAGGAUGACGACGAACUAAGAGAAUACUGUUUACAAGCAUUCGAGUCUUUUGUGUACAGAUGCCCCAAAGAAAUCACUCCACACAUAAAUAAAAUUAUAGAAAUUUGUUUGGUUUAUAUCACAUACGACCCAAACUACAAUUACGAUGACGACAUGAACGAUUCGUCCGAUGGGGAAGGCGUCGUAAUGGAAGUAGAGGAAGACGGAGAGGAAGAUGCCGAAGACGAGUAUUCGGAUGAUGAUGAUAUGAGUUGGAAAGUUCGUAGAGCAGCUGCAAAGUGUAUCGAAGCUGUUGUAUCUAGCAGACGAGAACUUCUCCCUGAUCUUUACAAAGUUAUUUCUCCAGCACUGAUUUCAAGAUUUAAAGAAAGAGAGGAAAACGUAAAAUCGGAUAUUUUCCAUGCGUAUAUUGCACUUCUAAGACAGACGAGACCAGCUACAGGCAUGCCUCUCGAUCCUGAUGCAAUGGAAGACGAUGACGGUCCAAUAUCAUUGCUACAACAACAAGUUCCGCUGAUAGUAAAAGCAGUUCAUCGUCAAAUGAAAGAGAAGAGCAUCAAGACGCGACAAGACUGCUUUUCGUUAUUAAAGGAACUGGUACUUGUAUUGCCUGGUGCUUUAAACAAUCACAUACCCGCGUUGAUAUCUGGUAUACAGUAUUCUUUGGGAGACAAAAAUUCUUCAUCAAAUAUGAAAAUUGAUACAUUGGCUUUCGUACAUACAUUAUUGGUAACUCAUCAACCUGAAGUGUUUCACGCUCAUAUGGCAGUUCUAGCACCACCAAUCAUAGCUGCUGUCGGUGAUCCAUUUUAUAAGAUCACCGCGGAAGCAUUGCUGGUAUUGCAACAGCUUGUCCAAGUAAUUAGACCACAUGACAAACCAUGCUAUUUCGACUUUACAUCAUUAUCUGGCGAAAUAUAUCGUUGCACCUUAAUGAGACUGAGAACAGCAGACAUCGAUCAAGAAGUGAAAGAAAGAGCCAUCGCUUGCAUGGGUCAAAUCCUCGCGCAUUUUGGGGAUACUUUGUGCGAUGAAUUGCACGUAUGCCUUCCCAUAUUUCUGGACAGACUCCGUAAUGAAAUUACGAGACUCACGACAGUUAAAGCUUUAACCUGUAUAGCAUCAUCUCCUUUAAGAGUGGAUCUAAAGCCAAUUAUGGAAGAUGCGAUUCCAAUUCUUGGGUCUUUCCUCAGAAAAAAUCAGAGAGCUUUGAAGUUAUGUUCCCUUCCACUUUUGUACACUUUGGUUCAAAAUUAUAGUUCUGCUCUCCAUGUAGAUUUAUUAGAUAAGGUUACUACAGAAUUACCAGCGCUAUUAAAUGAGACUGAUCUACAUAUUGCGCAGUUAACUCUUAAUCUUCUCACGACUAUCGCGAAACUGCAUCCUAUCGCUUUAACAAGGGUGACCGAUAAUAUAUUACCGGAGAUAUUAGUUCUUGUAAAAUCUCCACUUCUCCAAGGCGUAGCCUUGAAUUCGAUGCUGGAAUUUUUCCAAGCUUUAGUUCAGGCAGACAUACCGGGUCUUGGUUACAGAGAAUUGCUUUCGAUGUUGAUAGCGCCUGUUAGUAGUCAAUCUGUUCUUCAUAAGCAAGCUUAUCAUUCGCUCGCCAAGUGUGCAGCUGCGUUAACUAUCACAUGGCAUCGAGAAGCACAGGCGGUAGUAGAACAAUUUUUAAAAGACGUUCAGAGUCCACAAAGCGACGCGCAGCAUAUUUUUGCAUUACUGGUUAUCGGUGAAAUAGGUAGACACGUGGACUUGAGCGGAAUUACUUCUCUAAAGCAUAUUAUUUUAAAUUCAUUUUCAUCCCAUUCGGAAGAAGUAAAAUCGGCGGCUAGUUACACACUGGGAAACAUAGCUGUUGGCAAUCUCCCAGAAUAUUUGCCGUUUAUAUUAAAAGAAAUUGAGGCACAACCAAAACGACAAUAUCUCCUUUUACAUUCGUUAAAAGAGAUUAUUACGUGUCAGUCAGCUAGUCCGUCAGGUGUAUCCCACUUACAAAAUUUCGUGCCUUCGAUUUGGAUGCUUUUAUACAGACAUUGCGAAUGCACGGAAGAAGGCACGCGCAAUGUCGUCGCGGAAUGUCUGGGAAAGCUCACUUUGAUCGAUCCUGCCACUUUGUUACCAAGAUUACAGGAAUCGUUAAAAUCACCAUCUGCAUUUAUGAGAACCACCACAGUUACCGCUGUUAAGUUCACUAUUUCAGAUCAGCCUCAACAAAUCGAUAUCAUGUUAAAACAAUGUAUGGGCAAUUUCUUAGUCGCGUUGGAAGACCCUGACCUGAACGUGAGGAGGGUAGCUUUAGUUGCAUUUAAUUCAGCAGCUCACAAUAAACCAAUGCUUAUAAGAGAUUUGCUAGAUUCUGUGUUACCACACCUUUAUACCGAAACUAAGAUAAAGAAAGAACUGAUAAGAGAGGUUGAAAUGGGCCCCUUCAAACAUACAGUGGACGAUGGAUUAGAUCUCAGAAAAGCAGCAUUCGAAUGCAUGUAUACGUUGCUCGAUUCCUGUCUGGAUCGAUUGGAUAUUUUCAACUUUUUGAAUCACGUUGAGAAUGGCCUCAGAGAUCAUUACGAUAUCAAAAUGUUAACCUACCUUAUGACUGCCAGGCUCGCUCAGUUGUGUCCUACAGCAGUUCUACAAAGGUUGGAACGAUUAGUCGAACCGUUGAAAAGUACUUGUACAAUGAAAGUAAAGGCAAACUCAGUGAAACAGGAAUACGAAAAACAAGACGAACUCAAACGUUCAGCAUUGAGAGCAGUAGCGGCAUUGUUAACUAUUCCAGAUGCUGAUAAAAAUCCAUCGUUGUGCGAGUUUGUAACACAAAUCAAAGCGGCACCCGAAUUGCAACCACUGUUCGAAAUAAUUCAGAAGGACUGCACAGGCAGCAGUAUGAACGAAACCAAUAACGCAAUGGAUCAGAGUUAAAAACCUUCACGACCUUACUUUUUGUAUUUCACAUAGAUCGUUGUUAGCUAAGCAUGAUCGCGGUCAUAUUAUUCAUAGUUUAUUUCUAUACGUUAUUUUUUCAUUAUUGUCUUUGAUCUGAAACGUAGUUUGAAAUGAAUGUGAUUUCAUGUAAUACGCCAUGUAUAAAUUACAAAAAUAAAUUUGCCAAUUGUAAGCAUUUUACGAUAACGCAUCGGGCUUUCGUUCAACAAUAAAAACAACACUGAAAUUUUCAAUCUGAAUCGUCGUGAGUGCUUGAAUUUUUCCAAGCGAGAACGAAAGAUAACGCAUAGAAACCUCGGUCUUAUUUUGUUUCAGGCAAAUGAAUUGUUGAGCGCUAUGCGAACGAAAGAUAACGCAGAGAAACCCGAGUCUUAUUUCGUUUCAGGCGUAUCGUUUAAGAACACGAAACAAAGCUUCCCAAUAACGUGACUGUGAUCACGUUUACGAUCCUUUUCGAUUGCGCCAAUUGACCCAAAUGUUUAUGAUUAAUGUACGAUCUUCUUGCUCG